GGUUUUGAUAGAACCAAGCAGCCAAGAAAAAACAGUCCGUGUUUUGCGAUUCGCGCCAAGUUGAAAGCGCGAGCUCUCAUCUCUUCCUUUCCUUUGUGUAUCACUUGUGCAUGUUCAUGUAGGGGCGUGCGAAGCGGGUUAAAUUCUUGGCGACUAAGGCAACUUGAUACGGCUACUUUUCUCCCAAACAUCUGUACACACUGUAUCGCAACCAUGUCCGUCAGCGUAGAGUCUGGAUUUUCAAACGACGAGGUGCUGAACAUUCGUUACCCUCUCCACCGGGCUUGCAGGGAUGGAGACGUUGUUGCUUUGUGUUCGCUUCUUCAGUGCACCACAAACCAAGCAGACCUCAUCACGGAAGACUCCGUCUAUGGCUGGAGUCCCAUUCAUUGGGCAGCACAUUUUGGAAAGUUGGAGUGUGUAAUGUGCCUGGUGCAGGUGGGCUGCAAGGUGAACGCCAUGACGACGAGGUUUGCCCAGACCCCCGCACACAUCGCGGCUUUUGGAGGCCACCCAGAGUGUGUGCUGUGGCUGUUGCAGGCAGGGGCCGACAUCAACAGACAGGACUAUGUAGGUGAGACCCCUAUCCACAAGGCAGCCCGGGCUGGUAGUAUGGAGUGUGUCAACGCCCUCUUGAUACAGGGUGCUAAACCGGACUUAAGGAACGCUAAUGGCUUGACGGCGGCAGACCUGGCCCACGCCCAGGGCUUCUGGGAGUGCGCCCAGCUGCUCUCCAACGCUCAAAACCACCUCAACCAGCUCAAUGGUUUCCACUCCAACGGUGCGCUAAACGGCCACCGCUCUCUCAGCCAAAGCCAGGGUCUCCUCAAUGGGCUGGCCAAUAGAAAGAGGCUUCUGGACGGUGUGGAGCCCAAUCACAUCAAGAAGGCCAGAACAGACGGUGUGGACCUGCCCAAGUGGAUGCAGCAUGGCUGCGGGGAGGAGCUGGAGACCAUGUAUAUGGAGUCUGCAGACCCUGUCUCAGCAGAUGACCCCAAAGCCACCACAGGUCAGACGAACGACAACAAUGGGCCACAGAACGGUGCCAUCUCCACCAAUGGCCACAUGCCAAAACACCUAAGUGGGGACAACCCUGCUGUGCUGUCAACUGGCUUCUCCACGUCAUGGGGACUGCCGGCCUUGGCUACUUCCACUGAAAACAGUCUGUCGUCAUCACGGCUAGCUAAUCAGGAGGCGGAGGAGACCCGGCGGCAUUCAGCCCACGAGAUGUGCGGUUCGCUACACCUGACGGGAAGCCCCAGCAGCUGCGUGUCCCACCGACCCUCCUGGGAGGCCAUGGCCAGCGACCUGGGAGACACCCUGCACUAUGGACAUUACCAUGGCUUUGGGGACACGGCAGAGGACCUGGCUGAAGAGCACAGCAACGCGGUAUGUGUGGAGCAGUGUUACGACCAGGCCGUGCUCAGUGACAUGCACCUCUACCACGGAUCCUAAAUUGGGGGAGGCUGGCCCUUCCCAAGUAAGUAGUCAGUCUAUCUACCUACCCCAGCGGUGACACAACUUUGCAUAGAGCCGCUAGCCUGCCUUAAAAUCCAAUGGUUACCAUAACAUCAUUGUUGCACUGGGGAUGGAGUAGAGAGAGACACUUUGGCCCAUCUACCAAAGGGAACAAGUACAGUUGAAGUCGGAAGUUUACAUACACCUUAGCCAAAUACAUUUAAACUCAGUUUUUCACAAUUCCUGACAUUUAAUCCUAGUAAAAAUGACCU